UGUUCAGCCCAGCUCUACUAAAGAUGGUGAGUGACAGAACCUUUCUUCCAGGUUGUAGAAGGUUUCACCUGGCUGGAAAGCACAUUACCUGUAAAUUCAAAGGGGGAAAAGUGCUGAUACCACACCUCACAAACUGGUUCCUAUCCCAAUUUCUUUCUGUUUGUUGUAGGUGAACUGCUCCUGUUUUCCAGUGUGAUUGUCCUGCUCCAGGUGGUAUACGGCUGCCCAGAUAAGUGUCGCUGUCAGUCAUCUACAAAUUUUGUAGACUGCAGCCAGCAGGGUCUGGCCAAAAUCCCUUCCCAUUUACCUCCUCAGACUCGAACGCUGCAUUUACAAGAUAAUCAGAUACACCAUCUUCCUGCUUUUGCAUUUAGGUCAGUGCCAUGGCUCAUGACCCUAAACUUGUCCAACAAUUCUCUUUCAAAUCUGGCCCCUGGAGCUUUCCAUGGGCUUCAGCACUUGCAGGUUUUAAAUCUAACCCAGAAUUCACUCCUUUCCCUGGAAAGCAGACUUUUCCAUUCCCUCCCUCAGCUGAGGGAGCUUGAUUUGUCAUCAAACAACAUAAGCCACCUUCCCACAUCCCUGGGAGAGACUUGGGAGAACCUAACUAUACUUGUGGUUCAACAAAACCAGCUUCAGCAGCUUGAUCGAGCGCUCCUGGAAUCCAUGCCCAGUGUGAGGCUUUUACUUCUCAAGGACAACCUCUGGAAAUGCAAUUGCCACUUGCUCGGUCUUAAACUCUGGCUGGAGAAAUUUGUCUAUAAAGGGGGAAUAACAGAUGGCGUCAUCUGUGAAUCACCAGACACCUGGAAGGGAAAGGACCUCCUUAGGAUCCCCCAUGAGCUGUACCAGCCCUGCCCUCUUCCUGCUCCUGAUCCAGUGUCCUCGCAGGCUCAGCGGCCCGGCUCUGCCCACGGUGUUGUCCUGAGGCCUCCUGAGAACCACAACGUGGGGGAGCGAGACCUCUUGGAGUGCGAGCUCAAACCCAAGCCAAGGCCGGCCAAUCUGCGUCAUGCCAUUGCCACUGUCAUCAUCACUGGCGUUGUGUGUGGGAUUGUGUGCCUCAUGAUGUUGGCAGCUGCCAUUUAUGGCUGCACCUAUGCGGCAAUCACAGCCCAGUACCAUGGGGGACCCUUGGAUCAAACCAAUGAUCCUGGGAAGGUGGAAGAAAAAGAGCGAUUUGACAGCUCACCAGCCUGAGAGCUUUUGUCUCAAAUAGGAUUGGUCAUUGCAGGCCAGAAGACAGUGUCUGAGUAGCGCUGAUGUGUUUAAUGUUAGUCUCAUUUUGCUUUUGCCGAAAGACAAAAAAAAAAAAAGAUGUGUCUGUAAAAAAUAUUUCUGGGGAGGAAUUUAUGUUGCGAUUUUAAAAAUACCAUAGGCAAAAUAGAGAUGAUACUUGUGCUCUGGGCCUGGGAAGUUAUUACGAUGAUUCUAUGUGGGGGUGAGACACACACAGAGAAAGGGAAGAUGCCAUCUCUUCCAGGUACUCUUCUGCGGAUCAAGUGCCUUUUACAAAGCAACAGAAAUUCAAACACACAUGCCAAUCAGCAUUCCUGGGAGCUUUAUGGUCCACUGGAAAACUGCCCAAUUUUGAGUGCUUGGGAAGAGGCUGGUGAUCUUACCCAAGGGGCAUUGAAUGCCUCUAUAAUUCAAGUUCAUGCUAGAUCAGUGAUACUUUUAGAUGUUGUAUAUGUUAUAUAUUUAAUGGAAGCAUCCAUUGGUUGGGAAUUUCAUAGCUUGCCACAAGAGUCAAACUCGAUUUCAUUUUCUAAAUCAGAAAACCAUUUGGGGCUUUCUAGGCCUCAGAGGAAGAGGAAGAUUCCAUGUCCGGAUAAUAGGACUCAGGCCCUGAGUCUGGGGAAGUUUUCUGAUGCAAGGGUAAAUAACAUAUAAACAAACACAAAGAGGAUGGGGAGCCAGAAUUUGGGGCAGAUAUUACCAAAAGGCCAUAUCCACCAAGGGAUUGGAA